AUGCUUAAGGAAGAUUAUGGUUACCCAGAUACUCUUGACUUUAGUGACAGAUAUAAAGAAGCUAUUAGAAAGUUCAAGGAAGGAAAUACUGACCCGAACCUAUUUAGCUUUAUGGUUCAGCAUCAAAUGGGAUAUAAUCUCAAACCUGGAAAAUACAAGCUCGCUAAGGGAUAUGAUUUAAUAGCAUAUCAUCCAAAUGACAUGAAUGAAUUUACUCCGAGAUAUUUGGUGUCAGAGCUAAAUGAUAAUUCAACUCUCUUCAUGAAACGCGUAAAAAAUAGAGACGGAACGAAAGAAGAAAGGUUUAUGAGUCCGGAUGACUUAGAUAGGGAACUUGUUAAAAACGGUCUCGGAAUAUAUGAAAUGCCAGCAGAUGAGGUACAAGAAACUCCACAGGAAGAAGUUCAGAUACAACCAGACAUGGAAGAAAUAGUUCAGCAACAACAGCUAGAAGAGCCUGAAGGAAACGAACAAGUCCCUCCUUUGGAAACUAACUUCACAGAACUAGAUGAAGAUUUGGAACAGCCGAAAAAUCUUGACCCUCAACAAGAGUAUGAGGAGAAUAUGGAAUCUUUCCAAGAGUCUAAGAAAAAUUCGGCUGACAUAGUAGAAGAAUAUCGAAAAAUGUUCGCCGACAUACAAAAGACUCCAACAUCAGAUGAAAAUAUUCAGCAUAGAAUGGAAGUACUGAAAGAAAUGUACGCAAAUACAAUAAUCCUUUUUACUUACGACCAUAUAACGUUCAAUCUUUGGCUGAACUCG